GAGAAAGAGAGAGAGAGAGAGAGAGAGAAAGGGAGAAAGAGAAAGAGAGUGAGUGAGUGAGUGAGUGAGUGAGUGAGUGAGAAAGAGAACGGUGAGGAAAAGAGAGAAGAAGAGGUUGAAAGAUAGGCGUCGCCGUCGUACUUAUUUUUCAAACGUGUGUAUAUAACGUAUCGUUUUUCGUGACUGGUUCUCGCGUUCCUCGUCGCGACGACGACGACGGCAACAACGACGACGACGACGACAACGACGACGACAACGACAACAGCAAUAACAACAACAACAAUAACAACAAUAACAGAAAGAAAAAUGUUCUCAUAUCAUUCUUGAUCGACCUUUAGAGAUCGACUACUUUUAACUACGUUGUUACUGGCGUUGCUGUUUCUCGCGGUGGUGGACAUGGCGGGUAUCGACGUACAUCGUGUCCCUAAAUGCACCUGCGAGGAUAAAAAUAAGGAAAAUGUAUUUGAACAAGUGGAAUCGACGAGACGUCGUUUAGAUACUCGCACGAGUUCAUCAACAAUAAUAACAACGACGAUUCCGACGCCGACACCGACGAUGACGACGAUGACUACGACGACGAUGACGAUGACGAUGACGACGACGACGACGACGACGGUAUCGAGAAAUUAUCGGCCACGUGGAAGUUUGGCUAGAGUUCUCUACGAUAAACAAAGAGCCGACGAAAGAUUAGAAGCAUAUGACAAAAGACAGUGGUACACGGUAGACACCAGCAAGAUACGAGACGAUUUGCUAAAGCUAUGGGUUCCUCUGGGUGCGGGUCCCUGCCGGGACCAGCCGGAUAAAGCCACCGAGAUUUUCUUGAUGAGAUCCACCGAGAGGUCUGACUCUUUGCCACUGCAAGCCUGGCAUUCGUUGGCGAGAUCGGCCCUCUCUUGGUUCAUCAGUCGCACCUCCAUCAAUGGAUUAUUAGGUCGAGGUUCAAUGCAUGUCUUCUCCAGCGAGCAAUUCGAAAAAUUGAUGGAAGCUAGUGGAUUCAAAGGUCCUUGGAAUUCACUGGUUGAUUUGGGAGCUGGCGAUGGUGCUACCACCGCACACGUGGCUCAUCUAUUCGAUAGAGUAUACGCUACAGAUAUUUCGCCGCCUAUGAGAUGGGCAUUGUCCAAACGAAAAUUCACAGUAUUGGACGUCGAUAAAUGGCACGAGGAAGCUGGUCCUUUCGACGUGAUACUUUGCUUGAAUUUGCUUGAUCGUUGCGAUCGUCCAAACAGUUUGUUAAGACAAUUCAGAAGGUCCUUGACGGCAGGAGGUCGACUGGUGGUAGCCCUGGUAUUACCCUUCAGUCCAUACGUCGAAGUAGGUGAGAGAGGUGAUCACAAACCGUCGGAGUAUCUGCCAGUUAAAGGAAACGGACUGGAAGGUCAGAUUGCUGGCCUAGUCGACAGAGUCUUCGCACCGUUGGGUCUAAGAUGUUUAGCAUGGAGCAAGCUACCUUAUCUAUGUGAGGGCGACCUGGGUCAGGCUUAUUACUUUCUCGACGACGUCAUCUUCGUCCUGGAGGCAGUACCAGAUACGGUGUUGUACAACGAAUACGAGGAUUACGUUAAGGAGAUGGCACAAGAUGAAACGAGGAUUGGCCUAACCGUAGUAUGACCGGGAACGUACAAAGAGGAAAUAUCAAUCUAUGGAUCUGGAUAACUUUAUAAAGCUCACAAUUGGUAUAAUAGGUGGUGGUAUAAUACUUCUCAGAGAUUGUACAAGCUGUAUCGUAUCGACCAAAGCUGCGCCCGAUUAAUAAUACCAAUUAAUCAAUGCAACGAUAAACAACACAAUGAAAGAACAAAAAAUAUAUUGUUUUCCAUAUGGUUUGCACAUUGCAGGACGUAUACAAGCCUUCAUCCUGGCCGUGUUUUUUAUAACUUCUGUAUAAGCUCUAAUUAUCUUUUCUUGUCCAACUAAAUCAAAUAUCAUAAAUGUUAGUAAGUAAAACAUCCACUUACUCUAAUAUAAAAACGAUAUGUUUUUAAUAAUUUCCAAUUUACCUUCCAAGUUAGAAGAACCCGAACGUGAACCCUUUUCAUUUUCUAACGACCAAGCACCAUUAUGUAAAGCUAACAGAUCUUUAUUUGCAUUGCUUAAACUUUGAAGAUUACCUAGCCCAAGUCCACUAAGGCUGUCCAAAUUAUCCAGAUUUGUUCGUAAAAAUUCUGUUAAUUUGUGAUCUGAUAUAGGAAUAUUAGAUAUUAGUGAUUCAUAAUGCUGUUUAUUGGUUGAUACUUUUUUUUCUUGAGACACAGGCCGAUGUGGAAUAUUUAAAGAUGGACGGCUCGGUGGACGUUGUAUAUUCAUUUGGUUCCCACCACCUCUCAUUUCUGACAUGUCUGCACCGGUCCCAAUGGGUAAGUGUGUAUUAGGAUUAGCACCGCUUAAUGCCUAUUAUGAAAAAUAAUAAAAUAUAUAUUAGACAAUUUACAAAUUGCUGAUCAUGGUCUUAAAAUAAGAUAGAGAAAAUUAUAUCCUUACUGGUUGAAAAUCUGUAUUAUGUGGAAAACCUGUACGUAAGAGGGAUGUUGUAGCUUCAUUUUCUUGAAUAUACGUAGGUGCCAUAUGGCCCAUCUUUUGCAUCUCGAAUUGAUUCUUGUACCGACAAGCUGGAUUUGGACAAUUUUGUACAACCUCAAUGAUAAAUUCCUUCUCCAUUCCAAAAUAUUCUCGUCCAAUUGUAUAAGAUUCCAUAACGGCCCUAACUGUUCCCUCGAGUCCCAAAUGUAUACCCUGUGGCCCAGUUAUGUGUUUCAUCAUCACAGCAUUGGCAAAAUGUUCAUAAGGUAAUAUUAUUUUCCCAUUUUCUCUCAAAACCAAUCUUCCUUGUGAAUCCACUGCCAUUCUAGAUGCCAUCAUUCUGUAUAUACAUUACAAAUAAUAUUAAAGAUCAAUGGUCUCACGUUGAUCGAACAAGAAAUAUAGAAAAUUAUAUUGAUGUAUCAAAAAAAAAAAAACAAACAAAACAAAACAAAAGGAAAGAAAAAAAAGAAAUAUA